AUGGCGAGCCAGGAAUUUAGUAACCCUUUACGAAAAUUUAAGCUGGUCUUUUUAGGCGAGCAGAGCGUUGGCAAGACCUCAUUGAUUACCCGCUUUAUGUACGACACUUUUGAUAACACAUAUCAAGCCACCAUUGGUAUUGAUUUCUUGUCAAAAACAAUGUAUUUGGAGGAUAGAACCGUGCGCUUACAAUUAUGGGAUACAGCAGGGCAGGAACGUUUCAGAAGUUUGAUCCCAAGCUACAUUCGUGAUUCUUCAGUGGCAGUAGUUGUAUACGAUAUCACAAGUCGAGCUUCUUUUCAAAAUACUUCGAAAUGGAUUGAGGAUGUACGUGCUGAACGAGGAUCAGAAGUCAUCAUUGUUUUAGUUGGAAACAAGACAGAUUUAAAUGACAAGAGAGAGAUUACAGUAGAGGAAGGAGAGAAAAGAGCCAAUGAAUGUAAAGUGAUGUUUAUUGAGACAAGCGCUAAGGCUGGGCACAAUGUGAAAACGUUGUUUAGACGUAUAGCACAAGCAUUACCAGGAAUGGAUAAUAAUAGUGAUGGAAAAGAACAAUCUAUGCAAAAAGUAGACUUGAAUGCGUCAGAGAAUAAAGAAACCAGCAGUUGUGCAUGUUAA